GUGGCGCCCGCGACCGCUCGCGGCCUGGCAGUGGGAGGGGCGGCCAAGAGCCGCCGUCAGCUUCGCCGCCAUGGAUCUAGGACCCUUGAAUAUCUGUGAAGAAAUGACUAUUCUGCAUGGUGGCUUCUUGCUGGCUGAGCAGCUGUUCCAUCCCAACGCACUGGCACAGUUGACAAAAUCUGACUGGGAACACGUGGGGCGGCCCAUUGUGGAGGCCUUGAGGGAGAUCUCCUCUGCCACAGCACAUUCCCAGCCAUCUGCCUGGAAGAAGAAAGCACUGAUCAUCAUCUGGGCCAAGGUGCUUCAGCCCUACCCUGCUUCCCCUUCCGAUACAGAAACUCGAUGGCAGGAAGAUGUGUUCUUCUCCGUGGGCAAUAUGAUCCCAACCAUCAACCACACAGUCCUCUUUGAGCUGCUAAAGUCUCUGGAUGCUUCUGGACUCUUCAUCCAGCUCCUGAUGGCCCUGCCCACCACCGUCUGCCGCUCGGAACUAGAGCGCUUUUUGGAGCACAUGACUAUUGACACUUCUUCCAAGGAUGUGGCCUUCUUCCUGGACGUCUGGUGGGAAAUGAUGAAGCACAAGAGCAAUGAGCAGGACCCUCUGCUCUCUCACUUCAGCACAAUGGCCCAUAAGUACUUGCCCUCCACAGACGAGUUCUCCCAUCCUCCAAAGAGGUUCAAGUCAGACCCAGACAUAUGUCCGACCAUGCCUCUGUUGGCCAUGCUGCUUAACGCACUGAAGCAAAUCCAGAAGAGGAUCCUGUGCCUGGGCCUGAAGAGCUGUGCGCUAGCUAACUUGGCCGACAUGCUGACCGUGUUUGCGCUGAUGGAGGAUGACCCCCAGGAAGUGUCUGCCACCAUGUAUCUAGACAAACUAGCCACAGUGAUCUCUGUGUGGAAUUCUGACACCCAGAACCCGUACCACCAACAGGCACUGACAGAGAAGGUAAAGGAGGCAGAACGGGAUGUCAGCCUCACCUCGCUGGCCAAGCUCCCCAGUGAGACCGUUCUCAUGGGGUUUGAGCUCAUGCUCAGUCUGCUGCGGGAGUGGGGCGCAGAGCUGCAGGCCAUGCUCAACAGUAGCCAGGGGACAAAUUAUGACAGCUACCGGCUAUGUGACAGUCUGACUUCCUUCAGCCAGAACUUGAAGCUCUACUUGGACACCACUACCAUGUCCAAGGAGGAGAGGCAGAUGGUCUCUGAGCUGGUUGAGUGUGUCACAGACUUCCUGAAGAAAACCAGCAAGGUGCUGAACAACAAGGGCAUGGAAGACAUCACUGCCUCCAUUGCCAUGGCCAUCAUCGAGCAGAAGAUGGACCGGCACAUGGAAAUGUGCUACAUUUUUGCUUCUGAGAAGAAGUGGGCCUUCUCAGAUGAGUGGGUGGCCUGCUUGGUUAAUAACAGGACUCUCUUCCAAGAACCAAACUUGGUUUUGAGGCUACUGGAGACGGUGGUGGAAGUCAUUGCGAUGGAUAGAGUUGUUCCCCAAUCUCAGAUCAAGCAGGUGAUCAGUGUGACUCUGGAAUGCUAUGCAGACCUCUCCCUGCCAGACAAAAACAAAGUCCUCUCUGGAAUCCUGCACUGCUGGGGGCGAAAGGGUCUCUCAAACAAGCUGUCGGCUUACUUGGAGGGUUUUCAGGAAGACCUCAACAUGACAUUUAACCAGCUCUCACAGAGCGCCUCAGAACAGGGCCUGGCUAAAGCUGUUGCCGCGGUGGCCCGCCUGAUGAUCAUGCACCCAGAAGUCACCGUAAAGAAGAUGUGCACAAUGGCUGUCAUCAGUCUGGGUACCCACCGGUUCCUGGCUCAGAUUCUUACAGCCUUUCCUGCUCUAAGGUUUACAGAGGAAGAGCAAAGGUCAAACUCGUCCACCACUUUCUUGGUGUCUUGCCUCAAAGAAACCAUUUGGCCCAGGUUCUCUACACCCAAAGAAGAGAAGCAGUUUCUAGAGCUCCUGAGCUGCCUGAUGAACCCUGUGAAGCCCCAGGGGAUUCCAGUCGCUGCUCUCCUGGAGCCAGAUGAGGUGCUGAAGGAGUUUGUCCUGCCAUUCUUAGUGCUGGACGUGGAGGUGGUGGGCCUGAGUCUGAAGCUCUUCGUGCAGACCCUGGAGGCCAGUGCGGGCCUCGAGGACUGCUGGCUGCACGCCUGCUCCCCAUUCCCCCUGCUCUUCAGCUUGUGUCGGCUCUUGGACAGCUUCAGCAAGUACUGGCAGCUCCCCCCAGAGAAGAGGCACCUCUCCCUGGACAGCAAGGACCUGGUGGUCCACAUCCUGGAGCUCCUCUGUGAGAUCGUACUGGCCAAUGCCGAGACCUUCUCCCCAGACGCCUGGAUCAAGUCCUUGUCCUGGCUCCACCGCAAGCUAGAGCAGCUGGACUGGACCGUGGGCCUCAGACUGAAGACCUUCUUCGAGGGCCACUUCAAGUGUGAAGUGCCGGCCACCCUUUUUGAGAUCUGUAAGCUUUCGGAGGCUGAGUGGACCUCCCAGGUCCACCCAGGCUAUGGGCCCGGCACGGGGCUUCUGGCCUGGAUGGAGUGCUGCUUCAUCUCCAGCGCCGUCUCUGAGCAGAUGCUCACUCUCCUGGUGGUGGACGUGGGCAACCCCGACGAGGUCCGAUUGUUCAGCAAGGGCUUCCUGGUGGCCCUGGUACAAGUCAUGCCUUGGUGCAGCCCCCGGGAGUGGCAGUCCCUGCAGCAGCUGACCAGAAGGCUGUUGGAGAGACAACUCCUACACGUCCCUUACAGUCUGGAGUACAUUCAGUUCGUUCCGCUGCUCAACCUGAAGCCCUUCGCCCAGGAGCUCCAACUCUCCGUCCUCUCCCUUCGAGCUUUCCAGUUUCUCUGCAGCCAAAGCUGUCGGAACUGGCUUCCCAUGGAUGGCUGGAAUCACGUGGUCAAGCUCCUCAGCAACAGCAUGACCAACAUCCUGGACGCGAUUAGGUUGAUACAGUCGGUGAGCCAGGACCUGACCCAAGAAACUCUGUUUGUCUACACCCAGAUGUUCUGUCAUGUUCUGCACAUCAUGGCCAUGCUUCCUCAGGAGGUCUGCGAGCCACUCUAUGUGUUGGCCUUGGAAAUCCUCACCUGCUAUGAAACCCUAAGCAAGACCAGCCCUUCUGUUAGCUCCUUGCUCCAGAAGGUGAAUGAACAACGCUUCUUAAAGUCCAUUGCUGAGAACAUUAGCCCAGAGGAACGGCGCCAAACCCUGUUACAGAAGAUCAGCAACUUCUGACCUUUGUAGGGCAGACAGAAGGUUGCAUCCAUUAGUGAUUCUACAAGGACUGAAGCUGAGGACAAAUGUGUCACUUGGUUGAGAUGUACACGAGAUAAAAGUAUGACAAUAGCAGUGUAAAGAAAAUAGUUUCUUAGGUAUUUGUAACAUACUACUAUAAUAAAAAUCUCUUUUGGGUUUCA